CAGCACCAUGAACAUGAACAGCUCCAGCGACCUGUUGCAAUACGCCGGCGGGUUUCAGGUGAUGGAAGACGCUGAGAUGAAAGUCGCCCUGCCCGUGGUGCUUGGAGUCAUCUGCCUGGUGGGCUUGGCUGGCAACACCUUGGUGGUGGCCGUCCUCCUGUACGACUUCAGGCAAGCCAAGAGCUCGGUGGCCAACGGCCUCAUCGUCCUACUGAGUGCCACCGACCUCCUGAUCCUACUCUUCUGCGCGCCUCUCAGAGCCGCCGUCUACUCCAGACCCAGCUGGCCCCUCGGCUGGUUCCUCUGCAAGACUUCCGACUACUUCUUCCAGGCUUGCCUGUCGGCGAAAAGUUUCACCCUGGCCGCGGUGGGGCACGCUCGCUACCAGCACGUCGCCGAGCCCAAGAAGUACAUCCACUUCAAGUGCCGGCGCCUGAUCGCCGUCACCUGCUCCAUCUGGUCGCUGUCCGUCCUCCUGCCAGUCCCACACUGGCUGUUCGCCGACCUCAGGAGGCGUGAGGACCAUACCGCCUGCGUGCUGGAGAUCCCGGCUCACGCCUGGCACUUCAUGAGGGUGUUCGGCGUGGCUUACCCGCUGGUCGUCUAUCUCGCCCCCCUUGGCUUCGCCCUGGCUUGCUUGCUCAAAGCCUUGCUGAAGAACGAACCCGCGGGCAACACGAACAGGACCCCGAACCGCAGGUACGAGAUCAGGAGGGUGACGGCCAUGCUCUUGGCUUUGAGUGGGGCGUUCGCCCUGAUGAGGCUGCCCGAGUGGGUGGCCUGGACUUGGAGCAGGUACCGCGGGGUGAGCGGCGCCGCCCCUCCGGUCGCCUUGCUGGUGGCGGCGCAGCUCCUCACCCUGGCCAACUGCGCGGUCAACCCGCUGGUCUUGCUGGCCGCCUCGCAGGACUUCAAGGACGGGGCGAGGAGCGCCUGGGCGGUGGCCACACGGAGGAGGGCGGGCGGCCAGGGUGGGACCUCCACCUUCGGCGAGAAGGUCUGCGCCGCCGCCCCUCCACACGCUGGAGCCGCCAGCUCCCUCUGCGCCCUGCCCACCAUCUCCGCCCGCCAAGACGUGGCCAUCUGCCGCGACCUGGGCCAGAGCGUCCCGCCCGAUGUCCAGCACUUUUGGCAACACAGGGAGAACGCGGCGCCCGUGGACAACAACGACCCCAUACCCUGGGAAAGCCAAGAACAGGCGUAG